CACUGCUGCAAAAGCUAUUCAGCGAGCCAAAGCGCGUUCUGUCCUCUUUAAAACACGUUUGAAGUUUUAUAGAAAAUGCAUUUUAGUCUCCACCUUAUUUUUAAUUUUUUUACAGUGUCAUUGGAUGUCUGACAACAACAUUAUAGUCACGGCUGUUUCAGAAAUUAAUGCCACUUUUUACCUUCAACUUUGCCCCGGAAAUGUUUUGGGAUUUAUUGCUAGCCUUUUUGGGAGUUUUUAUGUUCCUAGUUGUUAGCGUAUUCAACAUUAGAAUGUCAAUGGCCGAUAAAAUACUCUAAUUCACUGAUCAAUGAAGCCGUUGGUCAGCAAUGGCUGUCGUGUCGUGGAUGGAGAUAUUGCUUUUGACUGGACUGGUGGUGGGGUGUUACUGGAACAGCCUGUCCUGUGGCUUUGUGUUUGAUGAUGUCUCAGCCAUCCUGGACAACAAGGACCUGCGGCCUGCUACCCCUCUCCGCAACCUCUUCCUCAAUGACUUCUGGGGCACGCCCAUGGCUGAGGAGCGGAGCCACAAAUCCUACCGGCCCCUGACAGUGCUCACCUUCCGUCUGAACUAUCUCUUCAGUGAGCUGAGUUCUGCAUCCUACCACCUGCUCAACGUGGGGCUGCAUUCUGUGGUGUGUGUGCUUUUUCUGAGGUUCUGCCGUCUGUUCUUGGACAAGACCUCCAGCCUGGUUGCGGCCCUGCUGUUCGCUGUGCACCCCAUCCACACAGAGGCCGUGACGGGUGUUGUAGGAAGAGCGGAGCUUCUGUCCUCCAUCUUCCUCCUGGCUGCGUUCCUGGCCUACACCAGAUCUAAUGGAGCCGACCAAUCCAUCGUGUGGACUCCCAUUGCUGUGACUGUGGUUCUGGUGGCUGCAGCCACUUUAUGCAAGGAGCAAGGCAUCACAGUCAUCGCCAUCUGCUGUGUCCACGAGGUGUUUGUUGCACAAGGGUUCACACUGCCCAUGCUGUUGGAUACUCUCCUCCAGGUGCUGAGGGGUAAAGAUGGUUUCCCCUAUGCUGUCCUGCAGACACUCCUCAAGCUCAUCGUCCUCAUCAUCAGCACCUUGCUGCUGGUCAUCAUCAGGGUCCAGGUCAUCCAAUCACAGCUCCCUGUGUUUACCAGGUUUGACAACCCCGCGGCUGUCAGCCCGACUCCGGCCCGGCAGCUGACCUUCAACUACCUGCUGCCAUUGAAUGCCUGGCUCCUUCUGAACCCCUCGGAGCUCUGCUGUGAUUGGACCAUGGGGACCAUUCCUCUGGUGGAAAGCCCUCUAGACCUGAGGAACCUGGCCACCCUGGCCUUCUAUAGCCUGCUGGGCCUGCUGGCCUUCCACAGCCUCCGCCACUCACACUCCUCCGCCAAGACCGUCCUCAUGGCCCUGUCUUUGAUCGUUCUCCCCUUCAUCCCAGCCUCCAACCUCUUCUUCCCUGUGGGCUUUGUGGUGGCAGAGAGGGUGCUCUAUGUGCCCAGUAUGGGAUUCUGUGUCCUCGUGGCACAUGGCUUCAGGAUUAUCUCCCAUAAGAGACACUUGAGGAAGAUCUCCUGGCUGAUGAUUGGAGUGCUCCUCGCCACACACGCAGUCAAGACCUUCAACAGAAACUGGGACUGGGAAUCUGAAUAUACACUGUUUACCUCAGCCCUAAAAGUCAACAAGAACAACGCCAAGCUAUGGAAUAAUGUUGGUCAUGCUCUGGAAAAUCAAAACAAUUACGAAAAAGCUCUGAGAUAUUUCCUUCAAGCCACCCGGGUCCAACCAGAUGACAUUGGAGCCCAUAUGAAUGUGGGAAGGACCUACAAGAACCUGAAUAAGUCCAAGGAGGCUGAGGAUGCCUACCUGGUUGCCAAAUCCCUCAUGCCACAGAUCAUUCCAGGGAAGAAGUACGCCACCCGUGUUGCGCCCAACCACCUGAACGUGUACAUUAACCUGGCCAACCUGAUCCGUACCAACGACUCACGGCUGGAGGAGGCUGACCAGCUCUACAGACAGGCCAUCAGCAUGAGGCCCGACUUCAAACAAGCCUAUAUCAGCAGAGGGGAGCUGCUGCUGAAGAUGAACAAGCCGUUGGAGGCCAGGGACGCCUACCUGCGGGCCCUGGAGCUGGACAGCACCAACGCUGACCUCUGGUACAACCUGGCUAUCGUCAACAUCGAGAUGAAGGAGCCCUCAGAGGCCCUGAAGAACUUUAACCAUGCCCUGGAGCUCAACCCACGCCACAAACUGGCACUCUUCAACUCUGCCCUGCUCAUGCAGGAAUCUGGUGAGCCCAGGUUCCGUCCGGAGGCCAAUCGUCGUUUCCUAACCUACGUCCAGGAGGAGCCAGAUGACGCCAACGGCUACUUCAACCUGGGCAUGCUGGCCAUGGACGCCAACGAGAACACUGCGGCCGAGCGCUGGAUGAGGGAGGCCAUCCGUCUACAGACAGGCUUCCGUAGCGCCCUCUUCAACCUGGCCCUGCUCUACUCGCAGUCCCGACGGGAGCUGGAUGCCCUGCCUGUAUUAGAUGAGCUGCUGCGCCACCAUCCAGAGCAUGUUAAAGGUUUGAUUCUCAAGGGGGAUAUCCUGAUGAACCACAAGAAGGACACCCAGGGGGCCAAGGUCUGCUUCCAGAGGAUCCUCCGUAUGGACCCCACCAACGUGCAGGGGAAACACAACCUGUGUGUGGUCUACUUUGAGGAGCGAGACCUGCCGAGAGCGGAGCGCUGCCUGGAGGAAACGCUGGCCCUGGCGCCCCAUGAGGAGUAUGUGCGUCGCCACCUGGGCAUCGUGCGCAGUAAGAUGGCCGCCAUGUCCGUGGCAGGGCAGCCGCUGAGCCCAGCGUCAGCAGAGGGCGCAGCUACGCCAUCCAUGAAGGAGGAAAAGAAGGGGGGAGGAGGAAAGGAAGAGGAGGAAGGGAGGGGAGCCACUGGCAGCGCUGGGGCCGGGAGUAAGAAGAAUGUGCGGAAAUCCUCCUCGGCAGAAAGCCUCAGCGGUGGCGGCAACAGCCAAUCAGAGCUUCUGGACGACGGCCAGGCUGAUAAGCAGCAGCGGACUAAGAGCAAAUCCACAAAAGAGAUUAAAGACAUAGAAAAGAAACGGGCGGCUGCCUUGAAGAGACUGGAGGAGAUUGAGCGCAUAUUAAGCGGUGAUUAACCUUGUUAUUUACCGCAGUGCAGGACUACUUUUUUGUAGAGCUAGUUACAGCUCCUGAAUCACAGAUGUCAUGCGUCCCAAAUGGCACCCUAUUCCCUAUAUCAGCAGGCAAGGCCCCUUGCACUACUUUUGACCAGGGCCCAUAGGGUAGUAGCCCAUAGUAGUGCACUAUAUAAUAAUUAGGGUGGCAUUUUGGACACAGCCAUAAAGAUGUUUUGGUUUUCAUAAACAAAUGCCCUCCUCACUUCAUCAUGCAUGCUUUAACUCCUUUGAUAGUUUGUUUGUUUUUGUUUAUCAUGUUUACCGGCUGCCCUACCUGCUGCGCCCCCUUACAGGCUGCCCUACCUGCUGCGCCCCCUUACAGGCUGCCCUACCUGCUGCGCCCCCUUACAGGCUGCCCUACCUGCUGCGCCCCCUUACAGGCUGCCCUACCUGCUGCGCCCCCUUACAGGCUGCCCUACCUGCUGCGCCCCCUUACAGGCUGCCCUACCUGCUGCGCCCCUUACAGGCUGCCCUACCUGCUGCGUCCCCUUACAGGCUGCCCUACCUGCUGCGCCCCUUACAGGCUGCCCUACCUGCUGCGCCCCUUACAGGCUGCCCUACCUGCUGCGCCCCCUUACAGGCUGCCCUACCUGCUGCGCCCUUACAGGCUGCCCUACCUGCUGCGCCCCUUACAGGCUGCCCUACCUGCUGCGCCCCCUUACAGGCUGCCCUACCUGCUGCGCCCCCUUACAGGCUGCCCUACCUGCUGCGCCCCCUUACAGGCUGCCCUACCUGCUGCGCCCCCUUACAGGCUGCCCUACCUGCUGCGCCCCCUUACAGGCUGCCCUACCUGCUGUGUCCCUUUAUUUUAACGCCUCUGCAAAAAUCAAAAAGGGAUUUUUUUUUCUUUUUUUUUUUGCACAGCACAAGAAAAGCACAGUCUAGUUUAAAACAAAUCUUCACUACAGGUGCAAAACCCUAUGUGUUGGUUUUUCUGAAUGGCAUUUUAUCGUGUGCUAAUUAUUUAUGCUUGUUUGAUUUGCUACGUUUACUAGCCAAGUUGUUGAUCACUGGAUUUUAUUAGAUUUUUGUAUGACUCACUCGCCUAUUAUUUUUUUUUCACAGAAUGAUUGCAUCACAAACAAUUAAAGGAAAUGACAUAUAGCACACUACAUGGCCCACUUCAGGCAGGCAGGAUCUCUGUAUGUUGUAUGCAUCUCCAAAUAACCCAUUACUACAGCUGCUGCACCUGCAUAUUACACUACAUUACACCCCACGGUGCAGACAGACGCCAAGCCCCGCCUCCUUUGACAUCUUCCAUUUACUAUUUUCCCUUAUUGAUCCCACCCUGUGCUUCGUGUUUUCCACGCCGUCAGUGUUGCACUGCUCAUAGCACAGCCCUUAUCUUACAGUGAUGCCAUUUGGAGCUGUUGUCUCAUAUUCAACCCCCACACACACACCCACCCACACACACCAACCGACCCGCCACAAGACAGGUGUAUGGUUUCCUGUUUGUUACCUCAGAGCAUAUUAGUCUUCACGUAUCAUCAUACUGUAUAUCUUAUUUCAGUAAUAACAGCAUUGUUUAUGUGAGGAUUGACAUAUGCUCCCCCCUCCUCAAGCCUCUCUCCCCUCCUCCACCCUCUUCACCUCUCCACCUCUCCCAUGUUCUUCCUCAAGCUGUGCCAUGUGUUGUUUGUCAUUUACACCAGAAGAUUCCUCUCUCAAUGAGAGAUGAUUUCACAGCACACUCCUUGUACUGAACUAUGUCUGUUUUUUUCAAAAGCAUUGUAAGGCUAUGUUCCUUAGAAUCCUCUUCCUUUUACUCUUGUUCUAUCUCCCUCUGCAGCUCACAUCAUUGACCUUGUUCUCUCUCUCGCACGCACUCUCGCCCUGUUUCUCGCUUUCUCUCUCUCCAUCUCAUGAACAUCAAGUCUAACACAUACAGUGAAUGUAAUAAAUAUCACGAGAUUUCCCACACUCGUCUUGCUCUUGCGCUCAUCUGCAACCAUCCGAAUAAUGCUUUUUCAACAUUGGAUUGCGCCACCGUUUGAUGCUAUCUUGAUUUUCUUUGACUGUCAUUCUCUUGUACACGAAGAUUGUCUGAGUUGGAACUACCUGGAAUUUCAUUGUUCUUGUUUGAUGGUCUAGAGACUUGUUAUGGACCUAUGAGGAAACGAAAAGUGAUUAUUCUAGCCUGUUGUUUAGCUUUUAUCACCUUAUUUAACCCCUCAGUGUACUGUGAUGUUUUGUAUCCUGGUGAUUAGUUACAGACAGAUACUGUAAUGUGCAGUGUCAAUCUGUUCCUUUCUCUUCACACUAACUAAAUGGUGACUGUGUGUCCAUCUGUUAACCGAUAGGACAAAUCAACCAUUUCUGUCCGUAACCAUUACUCAAAUGGAAAAUCUGGUAACAACAUAAAUGAGAAACAUUGUCAGUGUAAUAUGAUGGUUGUCCUGGGGCCUACGCCACACAUAUGACCCCUUAACUCUAAAAGCAUUUUCAACAUGAUCAUUCAUUACUUAUCAUUGAGCUCCUAAAAAGCGACGUAUUGUGCUAGUUAGUGUGUGUGUACAGAUGCAUUUACAUUUUUUCUCAGUACUGUCGUUGUUUGUCACUUGAAAUAUAUGGUACAUUUAGCAUAGCUAUCUUUUAUCAUGCAAUACAAGUGCUAUGAAAGUGUUACAAUUGUAAUCAAUCAAGAGUGUUGAAAACAUACCUUUAAAGAACUGUCUCGCCUGUAAUGAUAUCAGUUGUACAGAGCACAUUAGUCAAUCAGCCACUAAGAUAGCCAACUAACAUUUCAAAUAUUUUUAAUCACCAUAUUUAUCACUUUGGUCCUACAUAGGCCUAUAUGUUCACCUGCAAUUUAAUUGAUAAAUUAAUCAUUUUUCAUUUGAACUACUUUUGUAUGGUAACCAAAAACACUUUAAUUUUUACAGCUAUAUCCCUUUUUGUAAUAGCAGCCCAGAUGUUGUGUUGACUCCUGGGUGGGUGAUGGUAGUGGAGGGUUCAGGGUUGUGGUUUUCAAAUAAAGGCUGUUUACUUUACGACUGCA